AUGGCCAGAUUCACUCAGACUGAAACAAGAAGGCAGCACCAUCCACAGCAGCCCCAGCCCGCUCACUCCAGCCUGGUUUUCACCGGACCGGGGGCACCACCGACCCAACAACCACUACUACUUAUCCCACAUCAGCACCAGUACCCUCAGAUCACAUUUCCGAAACCCAUGAACGGGUCAGAACCCAUUUCAAUUCAUCCGGAGAGCGGCAACAUGAAAGACCAAGAUGCCAUUAAGCUGUUUAUCGGGCAGAUACCGCGGAACUUGGAGGAAAAAGACCUGAAACCCCUGUUUGAACAGUUUGGGAAAAUCCACGAACUGACAGUUCUCAAGGACCGAUACACCGGCAUGCACAAAGGUUGUGCAUUCCUCACCUACUGCGCCCGAGAGUCAGCCAUCAAAGCCCAGAACGCCCUCCAUGAACAGAAAACACUGCCAGGGAUGACUCGCCCCAUCCAGGUGAAACCGGCUGACAGCGAGAGCCGUGGAGGUAAAGACAGGAAGUUGUUUGUUGGGAUGCUGAACAAACAGCAGACCGAGGAGGAUGUUUACCGCCUCUUCGAACCCUACGGAGUCAUCGAGGAGUGCACGGUCCUAAGAGGUCCUGACGGAAAUAGCAAAGGUUGCGCCUUUGUCAAGUUCUCCACACAUACUGAGGCUCAGUCUGCAAUCAGUGCCCUCCACGGCAGCCAGACCAUGCCAGGUGCCUCAUCCAGCUUGGUGGUCAAGUUUGCCGACACAGACAAGGAGCGCACCAUCAGACGUAUGCAGCAGAUGGUUGGGCAGUUUGGCAUCUUUAACCCAGCCAUCGCCCUUCCCUUCAGCACCUACAGCUCUUACGCACAUGCGCUCAUGCAGCAGCAGGCAGCCAUCAUGGCAGCAAGCCACGGAGGUUACCUCACGCCUAGCGUGGCUUUUCCCGCCACGCAGAUCCACCAGAUGGGGGCGCUCAACAUCAACAGCCUCCCACCCACCCCCAUGACCCCGGUGUCGGGCCUCAGUUCUCCACCAGCCAACAUCACCACCUCCGCCGUGCCCAGCAUCGUCACGCCCAUCGUCAACGGAUUCACCGGCAUCCCUCAUCAGCCCAACGGACACCCUGCUGUGGAGACUGUGUACACCAACGGCCUGCCGCCCUACUCUACCCAGAGCCCCACCGCGGCUGACACCCUCCAGCAAGCCUUCACCGGAGUACAGCAAUACACAGCGAUCUACCCAGCCACCACGCUGACUCCCAUUGGCCAGACACUGCCCCAACCACCCCAGGUCAUCCAGCAGCAGCAGCAGAGAGAAGGUCCAGAGGGUUGCAACCUGUUCAUCUACCACCUGCCACAGGAGUUUGGAGACAAUGAACUCAUGCAGAUGUUUCUGCCCUUCGGCACCGUCAUCUCCUCUAAAGUCUUCAUGGACCGAGCAACCAACCAGAGCAAGUGCUUCGGCUUCGUGAGCUUCGACAACCCUGCAAGUGCACAGGCAGCUAUUCAAGCCAUGAACGGCUUUCAGAUUGGCAUGAAGAGGUUGAAAGUCCAGCUAAAGAGACCGAAGGAUGCCAGCCGCCCUUACUGA